AUGGCCAAUGGCGUUGAAGAUCUUAUCGGGAUCCCAUUCCCGAACCACAGCAGUGAAGUCCUGUGUGGUUUAAAUGAGCAGCGGCAUGACGGUCUCCUCUGCGAUGUCAUCCUCAUUGUAGGGGACCAGGAGUACCGGACCCAUCGGUCCGUCCUUGCUGCCUGCAGCAAGUACUUCAAAAAACUCUUCACUACUGGCACUUUAACAGACCAGCCCAAUGUUUACGAGAUUGACUUUGUCAAGCCUGAAGCACUUUCUGCCAUCCUGGAUUUUGCCUACACCUCAACCCUCACCAUCACCACCUCAAACGUCAAGCACAUCCUCAGCGCUGCCAGGAUGCUGGAGAUCCAGUGCAUUAUCAACGUAUGCCUUGAAAUCAUGGAGCCCGACAGAGAGGCGGACGAGGAAGAUGAGAAAGAGGACAAAGACGACAACAAAGAUGAAGACGAGGAGGAGGGGGAAGAAGAGGAAGAUUCUGUCAAUCAGGAGAACCUAGCCGAUGUCCAAGAGGUAAGCUGUCACCAAAGCCCUUCUAAUUCUGAUCAUGCCGAAGAAGCAGCACCUAGAGAAUUUCCAGAUCGCCACCCAGUCAAUAACCCCUCUGGACACUUGGAUGUGAUACGAGACUUCUCCAUCGACUCCUUGCUAAGGGAAAACCUGUACCCCAGGGCGAACAUUCCAGAAGAGAGGCCAGCUCUCUCUCCUUUCUGCCCCCAUCUGUGGAACAGCGAUUUUAGCUCCUUCUCCCAGCUUGAGGAGCCCCAAGUAGACAACGUCCCCUUGAAUCUGGUGGUCAAAAAGAGGAAGAUCAAGGAAGAGGAGGAGAAGGAGGACCUGCCUCCACCUCUUUUCCCUAACGACUUCUUCAAGAUGUUAACCAACGCUGCAGGAUCUCCCUUAGGGCACAUUAAGGCAGAGGCUGAGUACAGCGCUUAUCUCAACUUCCUAAGCGCUACCCAGUUCGCAGGAGCUUUUCCCCCGUGGCCCCUGGAGGAAGAGAGGAAGAUAAAACCCAAGACGUCCCAGCAGUGUCCAGUCUGUAACAAAGUCAUCAUGGGGGCCGGCAAGCUGCCCAGGCACAUGAGGACCCACACGGGAGAGAAGCCCUAUACGUGCAAUAUCUGUGAUGUCCGCUUUACCAG